GCCAUGAAGCAGCCAAAACACACACACACGGUCCAUCCAUCCAUCCAUCAUCGGCUAUUUCAAGUUUGUGGGUCUGUUGCACCAACAAAUAUGUCAGUCAUCAGGAUGAACGGCACGCAUACAUCCAUGCAAUGCCUGCUAUAGUCUGCUCUCCCUCCCUCCCUCCCGCCCCGGCCGCCCCGGCCGCUGUAUGUGUCGUUGAAUUAUCUACCCGUCUCACUGUCUGUCUGUCUGUCUGCCUCAUGGUACUUGGGCGGUCCGUAUGUGUUGGUUGGUGCAUGCCAUGUGCUGUGUGGCGUAGUCAGUCAGUCGUGUCUGUCUGUUUUCCAUCGGCCGGCCCACACGGCAGUGGGGCCCUUGAAACACUCCACAGCCGUCAACUACACCACACACCACAUAGGAAGAGAGAAUCUGACACAUUGAUGUAUACAUGGAGGAUGUGAUGUGUAUUCUAUGUACCGUUGCUGGUGCCUUGCCGUCCUCAAUCGCCUGGCAGGCAUCGAGAAGGAGAAAGAUGGAAACAUAGAUAGCCCGCCAUAUAUAUGCUCAUACCUACCUGGCACAUGUACGCGAAGGACUGGGCGUCCAGACGGCUGCCCGAGAUCCGCUGGCCGUGCAGCGAUAUCAAAUCCUUCCUGUGCUCACAAAUGCAUAUACACAUAAGACAUCCAUGUGUGUAACAUGUGGAACGCAUGUGUGUGUGCGUCUAUGAUGACUGGUUGCAUUCGAGUAGGAGUGUCUGCAGCUCGCGCAGCACGGCCGCAAACGGACUGCGGAGCAACGGCGUGAAAACCACCAUGCGCUGCACAAACGAUCGCGAGACACGGACCCUUGUAUGGCCAUGCAUUCUCCAUGCCCAUGUCUCUGUGUACCUGUGUGGAGUUGCCAUUGGUGCACAGCAGACGAUAGCCAUUCUCCUGCUGGGGGCCCACAACACUGCACAUGCACACAUGCACCAUUUGCAUGUCACACACAAGAGUUCUAUCUUCCCUGUCUGCCUCCUCAUUCACCGAUUCUCGAUGGUGAUGGCCGUUUUGGCCUCCGUGGCAUCGGCACCGCAACGAGCAUCACACUGCAUGUGUGCACCACAGUAGAGCGUGUGCACACAUGUCUCUCCCUCCCUGACGAGCUUCAAGCACUUACCAUGACGGCUUUCUUGCCCGAUGCGAUGUGGGACCACUUAAGCACUCGAAUGAAUGGCAGCAGAUGCAACGCAGCACGCUCGUCACCUCCAUACAUAAACGCGACGAAAAGAAAAAUAUGCAUGCACCUGGAUGCCCUUGGUCUUUGUGCGUACGUGGAUAUUCUGCGAGCGUUUCGGCGACCUCUUCAUGGUCCUCCUUGGUCGCCUUGGGCAGCGGCACACGACGGGGGGCAGUCGUCUUGGGCUCCACACACUCACGCUCAGUCACCGAACGACCCUCACGAACGGCAAAAUCUGAUCAAAAGGGAUACACAGACACGCAAAUGGGAGCAUGGACGCCUCUUCGUUCCCUCUCGCACCCAUGUCUUUGAGUAUGAUGUCUUUGAUGUUCUUCUGCUGCUGUUGCUGUGCCGCCUUCUGACGCCCACCGCCGAAGAGCAGGUCCAGUGGCGAGGGAGCUGCCAGAGACUCCCCCGCAUCCCCAGCCACAGCACCACCGCCCCCCUUGCCCACAGCCACAUGAUGCUGCUGCACCACACUCUGGUGCACAGACGGACCGCCACCCCCACCAGCAGCAAACAGACCGCCACACGCUUGGGUCGUGGCGACCGGUUCCUCCACCAUGGGGCGGGAGGGGGUGUGCGUUUGGGUGUUCUGGUAGGACGGGUAUCGCUGCUCAGUGGUGUGGUCCUCUGUGUGUGCCGGGGGGAUGUAUGUGGGGGGAUUGGUGUAUGUCAGUGGGGGCUGCUGGUGCUGGUGCUGGUGGAUGGGGGUGGGGGCUGGGAUGGCGGGAGGAAGCAGCAUGUGAGAUGGCAGAGCUACGGGCUGAUCAAAGACAGGGAAAGACGGACGUAUACACGCAAGCCAGGUGAGCUUCAUUUGUAUUUGAGUGUGACCUGGAAUGUGGGUUGGUUGCUGAUGUUGGUGUCGGUGAUCGUCGUGGUGGCGCAUUGCAUCUUCUGUAGGGUGCUGAUGUGUCGUUCGGCGGCGGCGAGUCGCUCGUCAAUCUGAGCCAGCCACUUGCUGUGACCGCCCACCUCAGACAUCUGACAUACACCACAGAAAGAGACAAAGUGCAGGACAGAAAGAGAGCUUUUGUUGGGAUGUGUUGUGUGUCGCAGGUGGUCUCACCGUCUGUGUGUGGAUCUGCUGCAGUUCGUAGUGUUUGGCGCUCCACAUGCCCAUGUCGUGCACACACUGACUCAACACACCCUGAUGCCCCUCAACCUGGACCAACACAGACACACAACAUAGACCUCCACACGUGGUGCCGUGCCCUACACGCGCCGGUACCUGUCGUUUGAUGGUAUCGAUUUGCAUGGCUAUGUCCUCCUGCACCCAGAACUGCAUGCUGCACACGUUGCUCUGCACACGCUCCACCUCCUUCGCCAAAUCCACCUGACACUGCAAAGCACGGGAUAGAUGAAUUGGGCGCAUCCAUCCAUCCAUCCAUCGCUGAAUCUGUAAUCUUGUAUACAUGCUCCCACCUCCUUGAUGGACUUGCUCGCCACGUAUUCGCUGUUGGCGAUGACCUGAAAAGAGAGAGAACACACGUAGGACGUGGGCCGUUCUUCUCGCUCGCCUCUUCCCACCUGCGCCGCCCGCAUGAUUUCGAUCUCCUUGAGCGCCUUGGCCACCUCAAAGGACGUCUGACCCAACUGCACACAUGAAACCAUCGACAGAUGCGUCCGAAUGCAUCUGCCGAAGUGUGCUGCUGCACAAACCUUGAUCUUCAGCUGCUCGAGCCGUUUCUCGUGGUCACUCAGCUGCUUCCGAGCCUCCUCAGAGGUCUGACAAGACCACAGGAUGGCACAGGUGGCAUAGAUGCAUAGAUGCGAUGCACGCACCUCACUUCUUACCCAGCCGACCAUGGGCGCGCUGGCGCGAUACUCCUCAGUCUGCCUCUCUUGCUUGCCCACCCCGUCACCCACCACUUCCCGGUCCUUACCACCCGCCGCCCCGCUGCCGCUGUUUGGUCCAUUCCGGUCCAGAUCUGUCGCUGCGGUGGUGGAUGUGGAUGGCUUGGCCUCCACAAUGGGUCGCUCGGACUGAAUUGAACACGUACUCGUCAUCGAC